AACAAUAAAGACCAUCCAUUAAGAUCCAUUUUCAUUUUCUCUCUCUAAAAACACCUCUUUUCUCUCUCUAUAACAUCACCGGUGAUCUUUAUAAUCGGCCAACCAACUUCAUUUAUGGACCCUCAAGAACCUUUCUCCAGCGUCGGCGGCGGUAAUAGGCCAUCUCCUAGAAAAGAACUACUGGGUCCACGUCCAACUGCGCUCAAAGUCAGUAAAUCCUCGCACAAGAUCAGUAAACCACCAGUUGCGCCGCCACAUCACCAACCAGCACCUCAAAUAGCUCAGCCUCCACCGCAGCAGGUCGAGGACCGCCAGCCGGUGAUAAUCUAUGCGGUUUCACCAAAAGUCCACCACACCACCGUCGGCGACUUUAUGGACUUGGUUCAAAGACUCACAGGCAAUACCACCACCACCGAUUCUACUUCUGCAUCCGCCUCCACCUCCUUCACCGCCGAUUGUGUCUCUCCGGCAGCCAGGCUAGCAUCCAUAGAGAAAACAAGUCCUUCUGAAAGGCAAAGAGAGAGAGAAUUCACAGUAGAUAAUAUUAUGGAUAUUCUUGAAGACACUAAUCUUGACGUGGGCCAAGCUCCUGGAAUAUUAUCUCCGGCACCGGCAACUCUGCCACCCAUAUCGCCAGGAUUCUUCUCUCCGGCUCCGAUGGAUCCGUUUAUGUUGGGGUACAACAUGUUCAUACCAAGCCCAUCAACCUUGUUUUCAGCUCCAAUGGUGUCUCCUUCACCCUCUUCUUCUUUCGAUCUCUUCAAUCCAUUUGACUUUUAGCCAAUAGAAAGUCAUUUUUCCAAUUUUUUAUUUUUAUUUUUAUUUUUUUUAAUUUCUAAUUAUUUGAUGCGUGCUUUUCUAGAGAAAUUUUCUAGAGAGAGAAGAUAUGCUUUGUGGAAAAUUGAAACUAGAGGUGGAGGUGGGGUAGACCAAUUUUUUAUUUAUUUUGUAUUUUUUUGGUUUUAUAACAGAUUAAUUUGUUAGGAUACAUGUAUUUUGACCUAACUAUCUAAUGUUAAGCAUUUGAUUUUUCUUUCAAGAGAAGUCGUCCGUCAA